AUGCAAGGCUUCGCCGUCGCUGCCAAGGACUGCGCCUUCUUCUACAACUCGCAUGUCGAUACCUCUCUGUACGAGGGCAUUCCAACUUCCAAUGCCAUCUGGUACUGCGAGAACGAUAUCGGCGGGAAGAUGGCCAGUGACGAAUCGAAUCUCUCCAACUCUGCUACCAACCCGGACUUCCGGUGCGGUAUCUGCCGGGGUGCUAGAAGUGGGACGAAGGAUUAUGACAUUCCCGAUAAGAUUGGCAACUACGCUGUGCGAUGCGGCUACUACGCCAAGGGCAAGUGCUCUGCUUGA